AUGUUGAAUAACCAAUUUGACCAAUUGAAUCUCUCGCGAACCAUUGUCUUGAAAAACUUGUGCGAGAACAUUUCCUUACAUCAACUACUCGAUAACAUUGAUUUUGGUCCCAUUGAAUAUAUCAAAUUAUUCACCAAGCAAACACCAAAGUUUUUCCAAAAUGAUGGCUCGUUGUCUCUGGAUGUCAAGACAAAGAUUAGCUACAUCUCGUUUAUAAACUCCAAAAUCGCCGUCUUGUUUUAUCUCAAGUAUGCCAAGAAUCAAGAAUACUUAUCUAGAUUGAAACAGUGUUUGAAAUCUGAUCAAUUGAAAAUUCACUUGAAUGAUAUCAAUGGUGCUAAAGAGUCUCUGCAAAAUUCAAAGCAGGACUACAUCAAACUCAAAACUUUGAAUUAUAUUCUUGAUUUCCAAGCGACUCGUUGCUUGGCUUUAUUUUUCAAAGUGGGUAACCUUGAAGCAGGCGUCAAUCAAGAAGAGGAUAACAUUGAUGAGAUUCAACGACUCAUUGCUACUCAAUGUGAAAAAUUUGGUGAUAUAGAAGAUUUCCAACUCAAACUAGACGAGGAAGAAACCGUUAAACAAGAAGAUGGAGAAGAAGCUGGAAAAGAAGAAGAAAAGAAGGAGAAAGAAGAAGAAGAAAAUGAUGUUGAGGAGGAGGACGACGAGUCUCAAAGCGUUAAUGCCAAGGUGAUUAUUCAUUUCACCUCGAUUGACUCGUGUAUACGUGCUUUUGAAAGCUAUACAAGAAGCAUCCAACAUGCAACUGCUUCUCGAGACUCAUCCAAUUUACAAGAAAAAACUAGUAAAUACAGCAUUCAAUUUACAAAUGUUCAAUUUGAAAAGGACAGGUGCGAUCGAACCCCCAUGGAGAGCAGUCCCAACACUAUGGAAGAUGGUGCAAAAUUGUCCAAUCCAAGUUCUUGCCAGGCGCUGAAUCCAACUUCAAUUGAAAAUGGCUUACACGAAAUGAAUAGCAGUGGGCCCUUGGACAAUAGUUCCGAUAUCAGUAGCUUUAUCGAUUCCCCAGAACGAGGCGAGAAUGAAGUUAGCAUUGUGGAUCCAGUCAGCCCCAACAGCUCCGAUAUUGAAGGUGGCUCGCCCAUUUUGCAAAAUGUCUAUGCUCCAUCUGAUGAAAGACAUCACCGCGAGUCCGUUGCAAAUGGGUCAUACUCAAUGGUUUCGGAAUCCUCGGGCUUUAGUCACCAUCAUCACAAUCAUCACAAUCAUCACAAUCAUCAUCAUCAUCAUCACCUUGCUCCCCAAGCACCUCAUGCUCCUCCUUCGUCUCAUCCAGUGACACAAUUGGUGCCUGUCUCGUUUGUACCGGCCACGCCGUUUUCGGCACACUCUAGCCAUUCAGCGAUAAUGGCGAAUAAUAAUAGUAGUAAUGGUGGUAGUGUUGCAGGGGUUGGUGCUGGCGCAAGUGCUGGCACGACAAUGCCAGGCAAUCGAUCUUUGUAUUUGGGCAAUUUACACCCAAACACCACGGUGGAGGAAAUUGCAAACAAUGUCAGAGCAGGAGGAUUGGUGGAGUGCAUCAACUACAUCCCCGAGCGGAGGAUAUGUUUCAUCACUUUUGUCGAUCCAAAUGUCGCAUACAUGUUUUACAUGAACCAUCAAGUGCUGCACCAAUUGGUAAUCCAUGGCUAUGAUAUCACGGUCAGUUGGGCAAAACAACACAGCGGGCCCUUGCAUCGGGACAUUGCGCUAGCCGUUACCGCAGGUGCUUCGCGUAAUGUUUAUCUAGGCAUUAGGCCAGCGCGCGAGGAAGGCGAACGAAAGCCCAGUAUACCGAAGGAGCAAGAGUUGCGAGAGAAUUUUUCAAGGAUUGGUCACCUUGAGCAGAUUAACUUUUACCACAAUAAGGACUGCGCGUUUUUAAACUUUAUCAACAUUGCCGAUGCCAUUGCUCUUGUUGAGUCAUUUGAAAGUGACGAGACAACUGGUAUUUUCAAAUUAACUAAAGCCCUCGAUGGCGACAGAGAGCUUGCGACGGAGUUGUACCACAAAUACUGUGUAUUUAAGAUUAGCUAUGCUAAAGAUCGCUGUGGAAACCCACCGAGGUUCUCCUUUAAAAAGAAGUUGGAAGGAAGUCAGGGUUCUACUUAUCAGCAAUAUCUGGAGCAAUUGCAUUCGAGUCUCCGCAAGUACAACAACAACAACAACAACAAAAACAAAAACAAGGGCAAGGGCAAGGGCAAGGGCAACGACGAGGAACAAGUUAUAGAAGUUGAGGAAAAGAGAACAGAGGAACCAAUCACAGCAGAAGCUGCAUUGGUUUUUGGUAUUGUCAAGACUGAACAAAUUGAGGAUGCAGCAGCCCUGCAAGACACCAAGCCUAAUGAACCAACAGAGUAUGGUUAUGAAGAGAAGGAAGUAAAAGAGCAAGAAGAGGUUGAAGAGGAAAAAGUUGGAAUUGAAAUGGCAGAAGAGGAAAAGGCAGAACAGGUUGAACAGGAAAAGGCAGAACAGGUUGAACAGGAAAAGGCAGAACAGGUAAAACAUGAGGAGGCACAAGAAGAAGAUCGACAAGAACAAGAAGAACAAGAAGAUGAUGAAGAAGAGGAAGAAGAUGAUGAAGAAGAUGAUGAUGAAGUUUCUAUCAUUAUCGGCUCUGACGAGACUGCUUCACCGGAGACCAAAAACACAAGUAAAUUUGUAUCGAAAAAUGCAACCUCGCAAGCAAAGAGUAAGGAAAGAGCACACUCGAAAUACCAAAAAGUUUACUACCACAACAGUUUUGACUCAUCAUAUUCUCGUGGCAGGUUUUCAAGAAACUCCUCAACUGUGCUGGUCAACAGUGGCUUCAAUCCUCCGUUUUCGCCUUAUGUGCAAGCUCAGUCCGUUUACUAUGCUCCACCAACGAGCAGAAAUAGUUCAACGAGCAGCUUUAGAGCUAGCCACUAUCCCGUUUCACCGAACCUCAAUUAUUUCAGCCAUCACCAACAUGCGAUGCAUUCAUUUCCAUUAUCAGUACCACCACCACCUCCGCCACCCGAAGCGCAAGCACAACAAUAUGUUGCCAUGGCUCCGUCUACUCCUUACUGUGGACAGCCGUAUCAACAAGUUCGAUAUGUGCCGGUGAUUCAGCAUCAAGUUCCUCAGCUGCAGGCUACGAAACAACAACAACACCACCACCACCACCACCAUGGUAGCAGUUACUCCUCUGGAAGCGAAGUGAUGGCUCAGUAUUUGAACAGGUCACAGCAAGAAUUUAUGGCACUUGGAGCAGAGCCUUUGUAUGAGAGUCAAGAUGCCGGGUUGAAAGGUUCCAAUAGACAGAGCAAGCGUCAGAACGGCAAGCAACGCCGUUGA